AUGUCUCAUGUCCUUUACGUCGCGCCCGCUCCUAAUGUCCCCUAUUUCGUACCUCACCAGUACCCUCCCGCUGGGACCGCGGUCGACCCACAGCCUAACGGAGAGAAAAUCCCAACGCUCUUCCAGUCCAUCACUAUCCGUGGAGUGACGUUCCAGAAUCGCCUCUGGCUCGCACCUCUUGCCCAGUACUCUGCCGAGAACGGCUGCAUCUCUCCCUGGCACUUGGCCCAUCUGGGUGGCAUCUUCACUCGCGGUCCCGGUCUCUCGAUGGUCGAAGCAACCGCCAUCCUCCCUGAAGGGCGCGUCAGUCCCGAAGACGCAGGCAUCUGGAACAACGAUCAAGCCAACGCCUGGGCUAAGAUUGUCGAAUUCGCCCACUCCCAAGGCCAGAAGAUUGGUAUUCAGCUCGCACACGGUGGUCGAAAGUCAUCCACGCUUGCUCUGUUCAUCCACUCUGGAGCUGUCGCCGAGGAGCAUCAGGGUGGAUGGCCCAAGGAGGUCGUCGGUCCUAGCCCGUUGGCAUAUGCAGAGGGCUAUCCCGUCCCCAAGGAGCUGACGAAGGAGGGUAUCCGGCGGAUUGUCGUCGGCUUCGUCGAGGCUGCGAAGCGCGCGGUGAAGGCCGGAUUCGACGUCAUUGAGAUUCACGGCGCUCACGGGUUCUUGAUCAGCUCAUUCUUGAGCCCGACGAGCAACAAGAGAACGGACGAGUAUGGGGGCAGCUUCGAGAACCGAAUCCGCCUGGCGAUCGAGGUCGUGGACGCGGUCCGUGGGGUUAUCCCUCCUACUAUGCCCCUAUUCAUUCGUAUCUCGGCUACAGAAUGGCUUGAGGAGUCCCUCCCUAACGAGCCUUCCUGGCGAUCCGAGGAUACAGUCAAGCUCGCAAGCAUUCUCGCCGAGCACGGCGUCGACCUCAUCGACAUAUCUUCGAGUGGCAACCACCCUGCGCAGAGGAUCAAAACCGGUCCCGCCUAUCAGGCGCCGUUCUCCGAGGCGGUGAAGAAAGCAGUCGGUGAUAAGAUCCUCGUCUCUGUAGUAGGCAGCAUCACAGACGGCAAGAUAGCGCAGGGCAUCCUCGACAAGGGUCAGUCCGACAUCAUCUUCGUUGGCCGCUGGUUCCAGAAAAACCCUUCGCUUGUCUGGACGUUCGCGGAUGACCUCGGUGUCGAGCUUCGUCAUUCACGCCAGAUUGAAUGGCCCUUCCGUGGUCGUGGACAACCGACUGAUAAGCGUGAAAGGCUAUAGAUAUUAUUAGUAUCGCAUAUGUCACCUGUAGAACGGUUCUCGGUGUCUAGACGACCUCGUGAGAGAUUACGGUUGUAUACUAUAGAUACGUGGUUAUUAGGAGAAGAAUGGGAAUCGACUCUUUAGCUACCUCUCCCUCCUGUAUGCAAAUUAAAUUGAAAUG